AUGUUGCCCGAUGGCAGAGAAGACUCACAUGAUGAGCCCGUGUUACAAUUAAAGGACGUGACGGCUCCCGAUGCGUCUUCGGACAAGUCGCUUUCUACGCUAACGUCUGCUCCGGGUCCACAGGACACGCCCGACUUGCCGGAUUACAAAUGGUAUUGGCACCAUGACAAAGACUCCAUGUUCGCCCAGGACAGUGAUGUGUUUAAGAACUUCAAGCCAAACGAUACGGACCAGACGUGCUCGUUUGAUACGCAUGCUACGCCUUGA